GCCGGCGGCGGGGAAGCGCGGGACCAGAGGAGGCGGGGAAGAUGGACACGGCGCCCUUGCUGGGCUGUAGCCUCAAGGAUGUGAAGUGGAGCUCGGUGGCCGUGCCGCUGGACCUGCUGGUCAGCACUUACCGGCUGCCCCAGAUCGCGCGGCUGGACAGCGGAGAGUGCAUAGAAGGGCUUCGGGAGCAUGACUACCUUCUGAUUCAUUCUUGCCGGCAGUGGACCACCAUCACUGCCCAUAGCCUGGAGGAGGGCCAUUACGUCAUUGGGCCAAAGAUAGAGAUUCCGGUACACUAUGCAGGGCAAUUCAAGCUGCUGGAACAAGACAGAGACAUAAAAGAGCCAGUGCAAUAUUUCAACAGUGUGGAGGAGGUGGCUAAAGCAUUUCCUGAACGCGUGUACGUCAUGGAGGAAAUUACUUUCAACGUGAAGGUGGCUUCAGGAGAGUGCAAUGAGGACACUGAAGUUUACAACAUCACCCUGUGUACUGGGGAUGAACUCACUCUAAUGGGUCAGGCAGAAAUCCUUUAUGCAAAGACUUUCAAGGAAAAGUCACGACUUAACACAAUCUUCAAAAAGAUUGGGAAGCUCAAUUCCAUCAGCAAACUAGGAAAAGGCAAAAUGCCAUGCCUCAUUUGCAUGAAUCACAGGACCAACGAAAGCAUCAGCCUUCCAUUCCAGUGCAAGGGCAGGUUCAGCACCCGAAGCCCCCUGGAGCUUCAGAUGCAGGAAGGGGAACACACCAUCCGCAACAUCGUGGAGAAAACCAGGCUUCCUGUGAAUGUGACUGUCCCAAGUCCUCCGCCCAGAAACCCAUACGACCUUCACUUCAUCCGAGAGGGGCACCGCUACAAGUUUGUGAACAUCCAGACCAAGACGGUGGUGGUUUGCUGCGUGCUGCGGAACAACAAGAUCCUCCCCAUGCACUUCCCUUUGCACUUGACCGUCCCCAAGUUCAGCCUCCCAGAACACCUGGUAAAGGGAGAGGUAUGGCCUGAAACCCUGGUCCAUCACUGGCUGGGUAUCUGCCAAGAGCAGUUUGACAUUGAUGAGUAUUCACGGGCUGUCCGGGAUGUGAAGACAGACUGGAAUGAGGACUGCAAGAGCCCCAAGAAGGGCCGGUGCUCUGGCCACAACCACGUGCCCAAUUCCCUCAGCUAUGCCCGGGAUGAGCUCACCCAGUCCUUCCACCGGCUCUCAGUCUGUGUGUAUGGCAACAAUCUCCAUGGCAACAGUGAAGUGAACCUUCAUGGCUGCAGGGACCUGGGGGGAGACUGGGCCCCCUUUCCUCAUGACAUCCUGCCCUAUCAGGACUCUGGUGACAGUGGGAGUGACUACCUUUUCCCAGAAGCUACCGAAGAAUCAGCAGGUGUCCCAGGGAAGUCAGAACUUCCUUAUGAAGAGCUGUGGCUGGAGGAAGGCAAGCCCAUCCGUCAGCCUCUCACUCGCUCUCUGAGUGAGAAGAGCAGAUGUGACCCGUCGAGAGGAUCUGCCCGGUCCAAAUGCGCAACUUCUCCUCUUCCUGUCCCUGAGACUCUGGGAGCCACAAUGAAGUCUUCAGAAAUUGCCCUACCUCCACCUCCAGUGCCUCCCAAGUCUGAAGCCGUCAGGGAAGAAUGCCGGCUCCUGAACGCCCCACCUGUUCCACCCCGAAGCACAAAGCCUUUGUCCACGAGUCCCUCCAUCCCUCCUCGCACAGUCAAGCCAACGCGGCCACAGACUCGCUCUCCCAGCCCCACCUUGUCCUACUAUUCUUCAGGGCUGCACAACAUCUCUACUAAAAGUGACACAAGUCCUUCUGAAAGUGUUCCUGUCUCCUGCUAUCCGUGCAACCGAGUGAAAGCUGAUUCUGUGGACCUGAAAUCCCCAUUCGGAAGUCCUUCUGCUGAGGCCCUGUCCUCCCGGCUCUCGUGGCCUAAUCAUUAUUCAGCCACAUCAGAGAGCCAGACCAGGAGUGACUUCCUGCUGGACCCAAGCAGGAGUUACAGUUAUCCCAGACAAAAGACACCAGGCACACCAAAGAGAAACUGCCCAGCACCUUUUGAUUUUGAUGGCUGUGAGCUCCUGAGCAGCAACCCCAGCUCAGUCACUGCAGAAUUCAGUAGCAAUGUCUCUGGUUGUCCCAAGUCAGCUAGCUACUCUCUGGAGAGCACAGAGGAGAGUGCUCUUGCACCCAGCAUGACCAAGCAGAGUAUCUCCUGCCCUGCCUUACCCCCCAGGGCCCCAAAGCCAGUGGAACAGAAAGCCGUCCCUGAAACAUCUCCUUUGCCUCUGAAAAUCGAUGGUGCUGAGGAGGACCCCGAGCGGGGGUCACCGGACCUCUCUGAGGACCAAUAUUUUGUUAAAAAGGGCAUGCAGGACAUCUUUGCUGUCUCUUACCCUUUCUCAUCUCCGCUUCACCUCCAGCUGGCCCCCAGGUCCUGUGGCGAUGGUUCCCCGUGGCAGCCACCCGCGGACCUGUCUGGACUGUCUAUAGAAGAAGUGUCCAAGUCCUUGCGGUUCAUUGGUUUGUCCGAAGACGUCAUAUCCUUCUUUGUCACCGAAAAGAUUGAUGGGAAUUUGCUUGUUCAACUAACGGAAGAAAUUCUCUCAGAGGAUUUCAAGUUAAGCAAACUGCAGGUGAAGAAAAUAAUGCAAUUCAUUAAUGGCUGGAGGCCCAAAAUAUAGCCAAAUAUCCCCAGCUAGCAUGGGACAGAACUAAUUGGCACAUGUGCCAGGAGGGGUGGGCUGGGACACAGUUUCAUGUUUUUGCACUAAAAAACCUUCUCUGUAAAUAGGGAUAAGAGAAACUCUUACUAUGCAGAUUACAUUUUUGAAUGGUGAACAGGCUAUUUUGUACAUCAAUAAAGAUGCUGUACAGAACACUUAGAGGUGUGCCUUGUACGUCCCUCAACACUCAGCAGCUGCUACCAGAACAAAGGCAUAUUCAGAGAACUCAUUCUUACCCAGUCGGUUUAUGCGAGAAGGUAUGAUAUUUAUUACAAAAUAGCCAAAGCUGAAAGACAUAAGAAUCUU